AUGCCUAUUUUAAAAUCAAUUUUGCCUGCAGCUGCCUCGGCACUGCAAACUGCGUUCCGCUGGUUCGCCAGUUUACUUCCCUCCGCCUCCUCCUCCUCCUCUGCCUCCUCUGCCUCCUCUGCCUCCUCUGCCUCCUCUGCCUCCUCUGCCUCCUCUGCCUCCUCUGUCUCCAUCGCCACCACCAAGGACGACAACCACAACCAGGCCGCUUUUGAGCUCACUGCUGAGGACCUAGCAUUGGUCAUAAGCGCGGCGGUCUCGGUUGUGGAGACGGCCGCCUCGGUUCUGAAGGCGGCAGUAUCGUUGAUGAGGACCGUGUUCCUCAUUACCAAGCUCACGGUCUGAACAACGGUUCUGCUAGCCAAGGCUGCCGUCUGGGCCAUCAGGAUGACAUGCUGUAUUCUGCAAAGUCUUGAGCCUGCAUUGAAAGGGUAUAGAAACAGCAGUCGGCCCACCCCAAAUAU